AGCGGAGGAAGGUCGCGCGCCCUCUUCCGCCCGAGUUCCGGCGCCUCAACACCCGGCUUCUGAGCGGAGCGGGCGCGCGCCGCCCCUCUGCGCAGGCGCGGUGUGGGGUCCCCGCGCGCGGCGCUAUGCCGGCCGCGCACGUCUCGCGUGUCCGGGCAUUGUAUCGGCGCGUCUUGCUGCUGCACCGGGCGCUGCCCCCAGACCUCAAAGCCCUUGGCGAUCAGUACGUGAAGGACGAAUUUAGGAGGCAUAAGACGGCCGGCGCUGCCGAGGCCCAGCGUUUCUUGCAGGAAUGGGAGGCAUAUGCAGCAGUGCUAUGGCAACAAGCUAAUGAAAACAGACAAAAUUCAACUGAAAAAGCAUGUUUUGGAGCCGUCCUACCAGAAGAAAAACUUAAUGACUUUCGCGAUGAACAAAUCGGACAGUUGCAGGAGCUGAUGCAAGAAGCCACUAAACCCAGCAGGCAAUUUAGUAUUACUGAGCCCAGGAAGCCAAAAUUUUAGUCUAUACCGUGAGGCUUAACAAAGCAUUUAAAGUGCAGAACCCCUUGUUUUAACUAAAGUUUAUUUCUUCAGCUUUAAGAAUGCCUGGUGUUAAUGAAAUCUAUGUAUUUAAUUUGGGGUUGUUAUGAAUGCUGUCUUCAACAUACAGAUAAGGAUCACUGGUAGCCGGAACUUUACAGUAUGGAGGUGACAGUACUCGCUGGAGGGGAUUUGAUUUUUGGACUAAACAAAGAACGGCUCUUUUAAAAUGGACAAUCUUGUGGAUUUUUUUAUAUAUAUAUAUAUAAAUUUGUUUUUAAUGCUAUUCUUGUCCAAGCAUUAGCCUUGUGGUUUUAGCUUCAUCAGAUAAGUAUAUCAUGGUAAUGAUAGAUGUGCAAUUUCAACAAGGUUAUUAUUUAAAUAUAUUGUCAUCCUGAAAAUUUCAUCAUUUCUACUUUAAUACAUAAUGAUUAAAUAUUAUUAUUAAUAUGUGGUUAUUCUCUUAAAUGUCCUUUCUCCCUGAGUCAUUGUUUAUUUACAAUGAAAGGUUAAAAAGAAGCUUUAAGAUUCAGUAUUACAAUAUCAUUUGUAUAAUCUGUUAUACAACAUGUAAUACAUUUCUACAAUGUUAAUAACAGCUAACUCCAUAAAUUCAGUAAUUUGUAGUUAUCUUGAAAAUAUCAUUUAUUGCCUAAUGGUUGGGGAGAUAAAAACACUUUCAUAAACUUUUCUUACAUUUAAGUUGCUUAUAAAGUGAAAAAAAUCAAAUGGUAAUCCCAUUUGCUUCCUCAAAUGUUUAUGAAUUUAAAAAAAUAUUACAAACUAAAAUGACUUGUAUUUUUAGUUGUGGAUGUUUACUCUGAGAUCUCUGAAGUGAUCCUUUUUCAGAUGCAAUUCCAUUUAUAUCAGGUCUUUUUUCCCCUCAGUUUUAUUGAGAAAUAAUUGAUAGAUAUCACUGUAGAAGUUUAAGGCGUACCACAUGAUAUGUCACCUCUUUCAAAACUGAUUCGUAUAUGCGCCUUGGAGGCUUCAUAGUAUUAACUGUUCUUUAUUGCUUUUAAACCACUCCUACUUGGUUUGUAUACUGCCUAACUCUCCUUUAGGUUAUUAUUUUUCUUUUCUUUUUUUUUUUUUUAACAGUCGUGUUCUCUGGGAUUUCAUCUUCAAGACUCUUACUUUACACAUCCAUUGCUUCAAAUAUUAGUAAACUCUUGUCUGUACACCAACCUAAAUCUCAUUUUCGACUCAUUUAAAAUCAAACUCACUCCUCUUCCCUUUUCAGUGAGUGCAUGAUAUUAACUUAUAUCCAGUUCACCAGUUCAGAAUUCUAAAAUUCAGCCUAGAUUUCACCAUUUCCCUAGAGCCUUUUUCUCAUUAUUCAGCAAUUCUGACAACACCAUGUGGUGGAUUGAAAAUGACCAUAGUUCUGUACCGCUCCUGGUACUAUGCCCUUUUCAGAGUAACUUUGUAGCUCUUUUCAUCAAGAAUUCCAUCUAUUUUCCAAUUCUUCAAACCUGGACUGGCCUUGCUGCUUGAUUUGCUCAAAAGAAUGUGGGCAGUGACAUCAACCUUGGGGUCUAAGCCUCAGAGCCUUGCAUCCUUUCAGCUGCUCUAUUGGAAAACUCCCCGGCUGCCAUGUGAACAAGCUCCGGCUGGCUAAGCAGAGGAUGAGAGAACGCAGGGAACAGAAGGGAAGCACCCCAGCGGAAGCCACCCUAGACGAGCCAGCUCUCAGCCAACUGCAGAUCCAUGAAUGAGCCCAUACGAAACCAGACGCCUGCCCAGCUGGUUUCAGCUGAUUGCCAAUCAUAAGCUAAAUAAAUGGUAGAUUUUUAAAAUAACUAUA